AUGACGCAGAAACGACCCGUGGAAGACGGGGAGCUUCCAGGGACAACUGGGGAAGACGAGGGUAAGCGUGCGCGGACAGAGGAGGACGAUGAGGAGGACAAAGCAGGGCGAGAGCGUAUGCCGUCGGCAUGGAACAGGCAGCAGCUGACAGGGAAAUGCAGGGCGCAAGAUUGA